GAUCUAAUCAGGGUUGCUGUGAGCUAUUAAAAUGGCUCAGGCUCAGGCUGAAAGCGUAGUUCAAACUAUUAUACGAGAAUUAACGCAAACAUGCGCCGUGGGCGGAGAAGCUCCGUCGGGGAACUUUGUGGAUUUCAUGGGUACUUGUGUGGUGCAGGACACCAGGAAUAUGUUCAAUGGUGAUCACACACUGACUAACCAUGAUAAACAAAUUCUUAAAGAGCUGUACAAAGAGAGACACACAACUGCAUCCAUUUGGUCCCUUGACACAAUCAAGAUGCAACUGUAUUUCGAUAAGAAUUACACUUCUCGAAGGGAGUUCCUGAAGGAAAUCAACAGGAUGCUGGAGUUGAGGCUAAACCAAGUGAGCAGGGAAAUCACAGAGUGCAGGUUGAAAACAAAAGAACAGCUGGAUGUUCUUUAUCGUAAAAUCAUCACUUUUAUACUGCUGGGCUCUGGCAUGGGCUCACCUUCAGAUAUCAGCUCUGUUCAAGAGGCGACAGUUGCGUUGCAGAGCAUCUUUCCACCGACGGAACUGGGAGCCUUCUCCAUGCUCUUAAAGAGCGAUAAGGAGCAGCAGCUCUCUGAGCUCACCAUGACCGUCACAGGAAUACGGCUCUUCAACAAAGCCGGCAAGAAGGAAGAAGCGGAGAUUAACUUCUCUGAACUAAGUAUAAUACAAUACACCGGACACUCCAAUACUGCGGAACGUCUUCAGACUUGUGGCUUCUUUCUUGCCCGCACUGCAGUGCCUGCAGUUCUGUGUGAAGCGCUUUCAGUCACCAGUCAAGCAAUCGAGAAUGAGCUGAGGGGCUCCCAGUGUUUGGCGUGGAAAUACACGGCGCUGUUAGAAAAGUAUAAGGACAGGCUGCCUGGAGAAAGCGACGUGUCCCUGGUUCAGCUCAAACACGCGCUCUACAAUGUCAGGCAGCAUGAACUUUUUCUCCAAAUACUUCUGGCUGACGCAGGUUUGUGUGGCAAAAAAACAGAAAUACUGCAGAAGGAUAUAUCUUCACAGAUAAACCUGCUGAAAAACUCUGUGCAGCCUAAGACAGCUGUGUCCACCACAAAGGUUUAUCCAUUGUUCAGGGCCCUCUCAAAGCUGUGGUCGGAACUUCAGGAUGAGGCAGAGCUGCAGAACGUCUUUAGCAACAUUCAACUCGGACUGCGGUCGUUCCUUACCUCUCAGGCCAAGAUUUUUUCCAAAGAUUCUUUGGACAGCUUGUUGGAGGGAUUAGAAGUCAUAACAGACAGACAAAGAAUGAACGAGUCGUCAUGUGAGCGCAUUGAUCCAGCAGAGAUGAAGCAAAAUGAGUGGCUCCUGUUUGAAACGACCGACAACCUUGCUGGACUGCUGGUGCAGUUCAGUGGAUUCUGUGGCUACACACUUGUACACAACAAUGGACUACUUCUUCCAGGAAACCCAUACAUCGGAGUUCUCAGACACAGGGAGAAGUUAUAUGUCUUCAGUUCCAAAGAGGCUGCUUUGAAAUUUGCCCGCAGUCCAGAUCACUUCAUUGCGCUGGUGACGGAGAAAGCCAAGUGUUUCCCUGAACUGAUUAAACUGCUCAAGCUCCAUCAAAAUCCAGCUCAUAUGCAGCCAGGAGAGGCAGUAAUUCCAAAGCAGAAGUGUGACAGCUUCACGCAGACUGUUGUCCACCCGCUGGAGUCAAACAUUGUCAAGCCCUACGAAUGGAAUGAGUGGGAACUGCGAAGGAAAGCUAUCAAACUGGCUGAUAUUCGAACGACAGUUACACACUCAACGCAGACCCAUCUAAGCCACAUGAGACGGGAAAAUAUCACUCAGACUUGGCUUCCCAAGGAGGUCGGCUGCCAAACUAAGAGAGAUGGCCAGACUGGUGUACCCAGACCUCAGAUCUUCCUGGCGGGCUUGAGAGGACAAAGGGAUGGAUGCGUGGAGAAAGUCGACCUUACCAGAUCUAUUUAUGAAUAAACCUUACCAGA